ACCUCAUCGAAGAAGAAAGAAGCUUGAGUGCCUCUGUUGUCCCUCSGAUUUAUAUCCUCACUCUUUGCUUUUUCUGUCAUUCUGCGCCCAGGCCACCUGCUCGACCAUGGCUCUGUUGAAGUCCAGCAAGGCAAUCUCCAGUAUUGGGACUUUCUCCGCAUCCCUGGGAGUUUUGUCUACCCGUAACAGCUCAUGGUGGGGUGGAGUGCAGAUGGGCCCCCCUGACCCCAUCCUGGGGGUGUCGGAGGCCUUUAAGAGGGACACCAGCCCGAAGAAGAUGAACCUGGGGGUGGGGGCCUACAGGGACGACCACGGCAAACCCUUUGUGCUCGAUUGUGUCCGCAAGGCAGAGGCUCUGAUUUCUUCCAAGCAGUUGGAUAAGGAGUAUCUGGCCAUCGGUGGUCUGGGGGACUUCACCAAGUCCUGCGCUCAGCUAGCCCUGGGGGCUGACAGCGAGGUCCUCAAGAGUGGCAGGAACAUCACUGUCCAGACCAUUUCAGGAACCGGCUCUCUGUGCAUUGGAGCCAACUUCCUGUCUCGCUUCCACAGUGCGUCCCGUGACGUGUACCUGCCCAAGCCCUCCUGGGGGAACCACACACCCAUCUUCAGAGAUGCUGGCAUGCAGCUGAAAGCCUACCGCUACUACGACCCCUCCACCUGCGGCUUCGACUUCAACGGGGCGCUCGACGACAUCUCUAAAAUGCCAGAGAAGAGUGUGAUCAUGCUGCAUGCRUGUGCCCAUAACCCCACCGGUGUGGACCCCAAGCCUGAGCAGUGGAAGGAGAUCGCUGACCUGGUGAAGAAAAGGGACCUGUUGGUGUUCUUUGACAUGGCCUACCAGGGCUUUGCCAGUGGAGAUAUUGAUCGUGAUGCCUGGGCUGUUCGUCACUUCAUCGAGCAGGGCCACAAAAUUGUCCUGUCUCAGUCCUUCGCUAAGAACAUGGGCCUCUACGGUGAGCGAGUGGGAGGGUUCACUGUGGUGUGUAACGAUGCCGAGGAAGCUAAGAGGGUGGAGUCUCAGCUGAAGAUUCUGAUCCGGCCAAUGUACUCCAACCCUCCAAUGAAUGGAGCCAGAAUCGCUGCCACUAUUCUCAACACACCAGACCUUUAUAAAAUCUGGUUGGAGGAGGUCCACGGCAUGGCCAACCGCAUCAUCAAGAUGAGGGAGCAGCUGGCGGCCAACCUGAAGAACGAGGGCUCKACUCACAACUGGCAGCAUGUCAUCGACCAAAUCGGCAUGUUCUGCUUCACAGGCCUCAAGCCUGAACAGGUUGAGCGUCUGACUAAGGAGUUUUCAGUGUACAUGACCAAGGAUGGUAGAAUCUCCAUGGCAGGCGUCACUUCCAGCAAUGUGGGAUACCUAGCGCAUGGAAUCCACGCCGUCACUAAGUAAAAAGGAGAAUGCUGGGAGAAACAGCGGGGCACGGUGGUGCUGGACACAAUCCAAAUUAAAAUAACACCCUGAAAAAUAGCAUUUUUUGUCAUUUUACUCUCCCUGUCCUCUCCACCCACCCCUUACAGAGGAGCUGGACAUUCUUAAAGACUGUCAAUUGUUCAUCGUCAAGUUCAACUUUGACCUCAACCCUCCUCGCUGUAGGGAGGCCACCAUGUCAAAGGUUGUUUAGUGAUGGUCCAAUGAUCUGCCCUACAUUUGACUAAUGUCUGAUGUCUCUCUUCUACUCUUAUUUAUUGUAUGUUAAAGGUUAAUAUUAAUUAACUUAAUAAAUGGCUUAAUAAUGACAGGUUAA